UGUUAUCUUUGUCAGAUGGGCGUAGUACUGCUGUGAAGUAGCUGUGAAUUGUGUGUGUUAACACUGUGUGCUUGUUUUCGUGGUUGGUGGUUAGAUUUUUGCUGAGGGCAGCGUUAAGGAAAUUUAACACAGUCUUCUUUAUAGAGUUUUUUUAAAUCAGGCUAUGCAAUGUGCGCCAAAAUGGCAUUUCAGCAUGAGGCGGGAACUGCUAUGGAAUGCCUUAGUAUUCCCAUAACGUUGCAUAAGGAACCUGGAAUAGACAGUGAAGGUCGGGAAGUAUUAAAAUGCGGUUUCAAGAUUGGUGGAGGCAUAGACCAAGACUACAGGAAAAGCCCGCAAGGAUACACGGAUUAUGGCAUAUAUGUUACAGAAGUACAUGAAGGGAGUCCUGCAGCUAAAUCAGGCCUUCGGAUGCAUGACAAAAUAUUGCAGUGCAAUGGGUAUGACUUCACAAUGGCUACUCAUAAGAAAGCUGUGGAUUACAUAAAGAAACAUCCGGUACUGAAUUUACUGGUUGCAAGGAAAGGUGUAACAUCUACUUGAUUGAACUACUUCAGCAGACUGUUCAAGCCAGUUGGAACAUAGUUAUCAUUUUGUGUACCUGCUUUCACUAUGUCGAUGCUCUUAAUUUAUUGUGUCUGUAACUUGAUUGACUCAUAAGAGGCUGGUUAACUUAUGACUGUGUGCACAGUAUACCAAAUAUUUUAUGAUUUUUGUUUUGCAAUGUGCCAAGUUAUUAACAUUGGAAUUCAACAUUCCAUAUUAUUCUUUAAAAGUAAAGGCGCUUGGAAGAAGUAUCAGUAUUCCAGUAAAAUAGGUUAUUAGAAAAAUAUUUACUAUUACAUUCAAUAGUUUGUUUCUUAUUUUGAUGGACUUUGUUUUUUACACACAAAUUUGAUAUCAUAUUGAAAGUAAUCUAAGUGAAAGGUGACAACUUCCUAACAACAUUCUGUAUUCAAAAACACAAUGUACUUACUGUGGUUGCUUUGGUAGUUGUGUGUGUGGUGGUUUCGGGUAAAUGUUUUAUGUUGUACAGAAUGAAUUGCAUCUCAUGUUUGGAGUGUAAAGUAUUUAUCAUACUGUACGAAGACUAAGGAAUAAUGAAUAUCUGAUUACCUUAUAAAAGAAGUAAAUAUUUUGUAAUGUUGUGUUCAUAGCUUUCAUAUUAUUAUACAUUAUUUGUUCAAAUAUAGAGUAUGUGUUAUCUUACA